AUCCCGGUGACCCUCAACAUGAAAAUGGUUAUGCCCUCCUGGUUUGACCUGAUGGGGUUGACUCCGGAUGCACCUGAAGACGAAGCUGGGAUCAAGAAAGCUGCAGAAAACAUUAAAGCCAUUAUCGAGCAUGAGAUGAAGAACGGGAUCCCACCCAACCGCAUCAUCCUGGGGGGCUUCUCACAGGGCGGUGCCUUGUCGCUGUACACGGCCUUCCCGCAGGCGGCGAAUAACGGCGUGAACAAGGACAUCGCCAUCCUGCAGUGCCACGGGGAGAUGGACCCCAUGAUCCCCGUCCGUUUCGGGGCCCUCACUGCUGAAAAGCUGAAAUCUGUCGUCACCCCCACCAAGGUCCAGUUCAAAACCUACCCCGGCGUGAUGCACAGUUCCUGUCCUCAGGAGAUGAUGGCGGUGAAGGAAUUCAUCGAGAAGCUGCUGCCCCGGAUCUAA